CAGGGCGCUGGGGUGGAGACAUUGACUCCAGUCCCUUCCCUAGCCAUGACGGACGGGAUCCUAGGGAAGGCAGCCACAAUGGAGAUCCCCAUCCAUGGGAAUGGUGAAGCUGGGCAGCUUCCUGAGGAUGAUGGGCUCGAGCAGGACCUCCAGCAGGUGAUGGUGUCAGGACCCAACCUCAAUGAAACCAGCAUUGUGUCUGGUGGCUAUGGGGGCUCUGGUGAUGGACUCAUCCCCACAGGGUCUGGCCGCCAUCCAUCUCACAGUGCCACUCCUGCUGGCCCCGGGGAUGAGGUGGCUCGGGGCAUCGCUGGAGAGAAGUUUGACAUCGUCAAGAAAUGGGGCAUCAACACAUAUAAGUGUACAAAGCAGCUGUUAUCAGAGCGAUUUGGCCGAGGCUCCCGGACUGUGGACCUGGAGUUAGAGCUGCAGAUUGAAUUGCUGCGUGAGACAAAGCGCAAGUACGAGAGUGUCCUGCAGCUGGGCCGGGCACUGACAGCCCACCUCUACAGCCUGCUGCAGACCCAGCAUGCACUAGGUGACGCCUUUGCUGACCUUAGCCAGAAGUCCCCAGAGCUUCAGGAGGAAUUUGGCUACAAUGCAGAGACACAGAAGCUGCUGUGCAAGAAUGGAGAGACACUGCUAGGGGCUGUGAACUUCUUUGUUUCUAGCAUCAACACAUUAGUCACCAAAACCAUGGAAGACACACUCAUGACUGUCAAACAGUAUGAGGCUGCCAGGCUGGAAUAUGAUGCCUACCGAACAGACUUAGAGGAGCUGAGCCUAGGCCCCCGGGAUGCAGGGACGCGUGGUCGACUUGAGAGUGCCCAGGCCACUUUCCAGGCCCAUCGGGACAAAUAUGAGAAGCUGCGGGGAGAUGUGGCCAUCAAACUCAAGUUCCUGGAAGAAAACAAGAUCAAGGUGAUGCACAAGCAGCUGCUGCUCUUCCACAAUGCUGUGUCCGCCUACUUUGCUGGGAACCAGAAACAACUGGAGCAGACCCUGCAGCAGUUCAACAUCAAGCUGCGGCCUCCAGGAGCUGAGAAACCCUCCUGGCUAGAGGAGCAGUGAGCUGCUCCCAGCCCAACCUGGCUAUCAAGAAAGACAUUGGGAAGGGCAGUCCUAGGGUGGGGGAGGUUGGACAUGGGACAUCCUUCGCCACCUGCCCUCUGGCUUGGGCUCCCUUUCUCUGGCUGGGGCCUGAUACCAGUUUUGCCCACACUGCUGUGGGUAGGGAAGGGGGCCUGCAGGCCCAGCAGCUGCUGCCCUGUCCCUUAUCUUCCUGGCCACUGGGCUGCAUUUCCAGAUCUUUUCCUUCUACUCCACAGCCAAAGGCUAUGACAAAACCACUCCCUGGCCAAUGGCAUCACUCCUCAGGCCUAUCCCCAGCUCCUGGGGUGUGCCCCCUGACCAAUGGCAGAGCCUCACAAGGCUCUGUCAGCCAAUGGCAGCUCUUCUUGGGCUCCCCUGGGCCAAUGAUGUUGCCUCCAAUACCCUUUGUCCCUCCUUUAUGUGUGCCCAUUGCAGAGAAGGGGACUGGGACCAAAGGUGUGGGAAUAAUGGGGAGCCCCAUUUUGGCCCUGCAUCUCAAUGGGCCUCCCCUCACCUACUCACCCAGUUUAAUUGUGCUUAGAGCCCUGGAAGAUUGGGACUUAGCACUAGGAAUAAACCUUUCAUAAAAGCAG